AUGUCCUCAGAAUAUGAAGAUCGUAGCUAUGUGGACAAUCUGUCUGAGUUGGCAUCCCCUGAUAUCAUUCCCCAACCCCUUCCCUCACCUCCAGAACCCAAAGAUAUGUCACCUUUUGAUCCACUGGCACCCUCUGACACUCCAUCCCCAUGUCAUGAACAUAAUGGAGGAAUUGACCAACAUGGAGCACCAUUUGAAUCCACUGGCGUUAUUAUACCAGAGGAGAAUGGUGCUGCUGACUUCCUAACAUCUGUCGAAGUGGAGGGAGAAACCAGAUUUGGAGUAGAUGGAACAGCAGUUACAUCUGUGGAAGUGGUGGGAGAAACCAGAUUUGGAGUAGAUGGAACAGCGCCAAUUCCACACAGAAAACCAAGAGAAGCUAAAAUUGCCUCACCGGAAGAGAAAAAGAAAAAGGCGGCUCCUGCGACAGGCAUCACUAGAGCUUCCUCGGCUGCACCUCAUCCAAGACCUCAGUCUGUGAAUGUUUGUUCUACAGUUGCUGCCAAGUCUCCAACUAAACAAGCCUCCCCUCUCACCUUAGCCUCCCCAAAGACGGGAGAGAUAAAAUCAAAGGUUGGUUCCUUGGAAAAUGCCACACAUACACCUGGUGGUGGACAUGUGAAGAUUAUAAACAAGAAGCCGAAGUACUCAAAUGUCUCCAGCAAGAUCGGCUCCAAGGACAACAUGGACUAUAAACCAGGUGGUGGUAAUGUGAAAAUUGAGAACAGAAAAAUCAAGGUUGAGGCCAAAUCUAAGGUUGGAUCACUUGAAAAUGCAACUCAUAAGCCAGGAGGAGGUGACAAAAAGAUAGAAAACCGUAAACUUGAGUGGCAAGUUGAGGCAAAGAUUGGCUCCUUAGAAAAUACCAAGCACACCCCAGGUGGGGGGGAUAAGAAGAUUGAGGUCCAGAAGACAGAGUGGAAGGCACAGUCAAAAAUCGGCUCAUUAGAAAAUGCAAAACACAAGCCAGGUGUCGGGGACAAACAGAAUGGUCUUGUAGACACCAGUGGACCAGCUGGUGUUAGUGAUCAUGGAGCUGUAAGUAGUACCUGCCUUUUGUUGAUAAGUGGAUCUGUGACAGUACAGAG